GUUCUGUGGUAACAACUGCUGCCAUGUGGCUGGACUUGAAGAAAAGGGGAAAAUGUCAGGAUGCAGAGUCAUGUGGGUCGCUCAGGGUGAAUCACAAGCUUCAAGAUGACAAGAAUUCUGACGGCUUGCAAAGUGGCGAAGGCUUUGAAAGGCAGAUUGGAGUUCUGCACUGUGUCUGCUCAUCACUGGAGUUUCCCAAGGACUGGUACCAGGUUGUUGAGCAUCAAGGCGCAGACAGCCAACUUGGUGCUGGAAGAUGGAACGAAGAUGAAGGGCUAUUCUUUUGGCCAUCCAUCCUCCACAGCAGGGGAAGUUGUGUUCAACACUGGUCUUGCUGGAUACACUGAAGCCUUGACAGAUCCCAGCUACAAAGGACAGAUCCUUACACUAGCCAACCCUGUAGUUGGGAAUGGUGGGGUACCUGACACGGCUGCUUUGGAUGAAAUGGGCCUCAACAGGUUCCUUGAGUCUGAUGGAAUCAAGGUCUCAGGUUUGGUGGUGCUGGAUUACAGCAGUGAGUACAGUCACUGGCAGGCUGCUAGGAGCCUGGGCGAGUGGCUGCAGGAGGAGAAGGUGCCUGCUCUGUAUGGGAUUGAUACCAGGAUGCUCUCCAAAUUGAUCCGGGACAAGGGCACCGUACUUGGGAAGAUUGAAUUUGAAGGUCAACCUGUGGAGUUUACAGACCCAAAUAAGCAGAACUUAAUUGCAGAAGUGUCAACCAAGGAAAUCAAAAUAUAUGGUAGAGGGAAUCCAGUUAAAGUGGUAGCUGUUGACUGUGGGUUGAAGCACAACAUUAUCCGUCUGCUAGUAAAGCGAGGUGCAGAAGUGCAUUUGGUGCCAUGGGACCAUGAUUUCACCAGCAUGGAGUAUGAUGGGCUCUUAAUUUCUGGAGGUCCAGGGGAUCCAAUGAAGGCCCAGGAGGUGAUUCAGAACGUUAGAAAGAUCCUGGAGAGCGAUCGCCUGGAGCCCUUGUUUGGGAUCAGCAUGGGCAAUUUAAUCACUGGAAUAGCAGCUGGAGCUACUUGCUACAGGAUGCAGAUGGCCAACAGAGGGCAGAACCAGCCAGUUGUGAAUGUGCUGAACGGACGGGCAGUCGUCACUGCUCAGAACCACAGUUUUGCCAUCGACAGCUCUACCCUCCCGCCGGGCUGGACACCUCUUUUUGUGAAUGCCAAUGAUCAAACAAACGAAGGAAUUAUGCAUGAGACCAAACCAAUUUUCACAGCGCAGUUCUACCCAGAGGCAAAACCAGGGCCAACAGACACAGAGUUUCUCUUUGAUUCAUUUAUGUCGCUGAUUAAGAAGGAGAAAGGCACUACCAUCGCAUCGGUCGUGCCCCAGGCCGGAGCAGCAGCUUCCAGAGUAGAGGUCUCCAAAGUUCUCCUCCUAGGAUCUGGGGGUCUGUCGAUCGGUCAGGCAGGGGAGUUUGAUUAUUCUGGAUCCCAGGCUGUGAAAGCCAUGAAGGAAGAAGGUGUGAAAGUCAUCCUCAUGAAUCCCAAUAUCGYCUCGGUGCAGACCAACGAGACAGGCCCGAAGCAGGCUGAUGCCGUCUACUUCCUCCCCAUCACCCCGCACUUUGUCACGGAGGUCAUCAAGGCUGAGCAACCCGAUGGAUUAAUUCUGGGCAUGGGUGGCCAGACAGCUCUCAACUGCGGAGUGGAACUUUUCAAGCAAGGAGUGCUGCGGGAGUACGGCGUGAAGGUCCUAGGUACAUCAGUUGAAUCCAUCAUGGCUACAGAGGAUAGACAGCUCUUUUCUGACAGACUGACUGAACUGAAUGAAAAGAUUGCUCCUAGCUUUGCAGUGGAGUCGGUGGAAGAUGCUCUGAAGGCUGCCGAAAAGAUCAGCUACCCUGUCAUGAUACGUUCUGCGUAUGCACUUGGUGGUCUGGGAUCAGGCAUAUGUCACGAUAAGGAAAGUCUGCUGGAGCUUGGUAUCAAGGCAUUUGCGAUGACUAACCAAAUUCUGGUGGAAAAGUCAGUUGUUGGCUGGAAGGAGAUAGAGUAUGAAGUUGUGAGGGAUGCUGCCGAUAACUGUAUUGCUGUCUGCAAUAUGGAAAACAUUGAUGCUAUGGGAGUCCACACAGGGGAUUCUGUUGUAGUGGCUCCAAGCCAGACGCUCAGUAACGAGGAGUUUCAGCUGCUGAGGGAUCGUGCCAUCAAGGUGGUCCGGCAUUUGGGCAUCGUGGGAGAGUGCAAUGUCCAGUUCGCGCUGCAUCCAACCUCCCUGGACUACUACGUCAUUGAAGUUAAUGCCAGGCUCUCAAGAAGUUCAGCUUUGGCAUCCAAAGCAACAGGGUACCCACUGGCCUUCGUCGCUGCCAAAAUUGCCUUGGGCAUCACCCUACCAGAAAUCAAGAACGUGGUGACAGGAAAAACCUCUGCCUGCUUUGAGCCCAGCCUGGAUUACGUCGUUACCAAGAUACCCCGCUGGGAUCUGGACCGUUUUCAGGGUACCUCCAACCAGAUAGGAAGCUCCAUGAAAAGUGUGGGAGAGGUCAUGGCCAUCGGGCGCACCUUUGAGGAGAGCUUCCAGAAGGCCCUGCGGAUGUGUCACCCUUCCGUGGAUGGCUUCACCCCGCGCCUGCCCCUGGGAAAAGCCUGGCCGCCCAACCUCGACCUCCGGAAGGAGCUAGCGGAGCCCUCCAGCACUCGGAUCUACGCGAUGGCCAAGGCCUUGGAUGAUGACGUCCCUGUGGAUGACAUUCACAAACUCACGGCCAUUGGCAAGUGGUUCCUCUGUAAGAUGCGCAGUAUUGUGAACAUGGAGAAGAUCUUGAAGGAAGUGGACAGUGAAGCUGUUCCAGAAGAGACACUGAGGAGAGCCAAGCAGAUGGGCUUCUCGGACAGGCAGAUUGGGAAGUGCCUGGGGCUGACCGAAGUCCAGAGCCGGGAGCUGAGGCUGAGGAAGAACAUAGUGCCUUGGGUGAAGCAGAUCGACACACUGGCAGCAGAAUACGCCGCGCUAACUAAUUACCUCUACGUCACGUACAACGGGCAGGAACAUGAUGUAAAAUUUGAUGACCGUGGAGUGAUGGUGUUGGGCUGUGGACCGUAUCACAUAGGCAGCAGCGUGGAGUUUGACUGGUGCGCUGUCUCCAGCAUCCGCACGCUGCGGCAGCUUGGCAGCAAGGCCGUCGUGGUGAACUGCAACCCGGAGACGGUGAGCACGGAUUUUGAUGAGUGUGACAGACUGUACUUUGAAGAGCUGUCUUUGGAAAGGAUCCUGGACAUCUACCAGCACGAGGGAUGCAGUGGCUGCAUCAUCUCCGUAGGUGGGCAGAUUCCCAAUAACUUGGCCGUGCCGUUGUACCGGAGCGGAGUGAAGGUGCUUGGCACAAAUCCUUUGCAGAUUGACCGGGCAGAAGAUCGUGCCGUGUUCUCGGCUGUCCUGGACGAGCUGCACGUGGCACAGGCCCCCUGGAAGGCAGUCAGCACCCUGAAAGAUGCGGUUGAAUUUGCAAGCUCCGUGAGCUACCCGUGCUUGUUGAGGCCUUCCUAUGUCCUGAGCGGGUCUGCAAUGAACGUGGCAUUCACUGAAGAGGAGAUGAAGAAAUUCUUAGCAGAAGCCACCAGAGUCUCCCAGGAUCACCCUGUGGUACUCACUAAAUUUAUUGAAGAUGCCCGUGAGGUGGAAAUGGAUGCUGUAGCCAAGGCAGGAAGAGUCAUCUCACAUGCCGUUUCGGAGCACGUGGAGAACGCAGGGGUGCACUCUGGAGAUGCCACCCUCGUGUUGCCCGCUCAGACUGUUAGCCAGGGAGCCCUGGAGAAGAUUAAAGUUGCUACGAGAAAGAUUGCAAAUGCUUUUGCUAUCUCUGGUCCGUUCAACAUCCAGUUCUUGGUGCGAGGAAAUGAUGUGCUGGUGAUUGAGUGCAAUUUGCGGGCCUCACGCUCCUUCCCUUUCGUAUCCAAGACUCUGGGCGUGGACUUCAUUGAGGUGGCAACAAAAGUGAUGAUUGGCCAAGAGGUUGAUGAAUCGGCCCUUCCCACACUGGAGCAUCCAAUUAUUCCCUCCAAAUACAUUGGGAUUAAGGCCCCGAUGUUCUCCUGGUCCCGGCUGAGAGAUGCUGACCCUGUUCUCAGGUGUGAGAUGGCCUCUACCGGGGAGGUUGCCUGCUUCGGGGAGGAUGUGUACUCUGCUUUCCAGAAGGCCCUGCUUGCCACAGGGUUUAUGUUUCCUAAGAAGGGAAUUCUGAUUGGAAUCCAGAAUUCCUUCCGUCCAAAGUUCCUCAGUGUGGCAGAGCUACUUCAUGAGCAAGGUUUGAAGCUUUUUGCCACAGAAGAAACUUCUGCCUGGCUCAAGGCCAACAGCAUCCCAGCAACUCCAGUGGCGUGGCCAUCACGGGACAGCCAAGAUCCCAGGCUCCCUUCACUCAGGAGGCUGGUAAGGGAUAGGAAAAUAGAUCUGGUGAUUAACCUGCCCGGCAGCAGCUCUGAGUUCGUCCGUGAUAAUUACGUGAUCCGGCGGCUGGCUAUCGACAGCGGGAUUGCUCUGCUCACUAAUUUCCAGGUGGCGAAGCUGCUUGCUGAAGCUAUCAAGCACUCCAGGAAAUUGGACUCCAAGAGUCUUUUCCACUACAGACAUUUUGACAGUGGUGAUGAAGCAUAGAAUAGCUAUUGCCACCCUGCAAUUUUAUUGCCUCUGACACUAUGAAAGAGAGUGGAUUUCUGACCAUCCAUCUAACCAUCUUUCCAUGUAUUUCAAAGCAUCUGCAAUGUUCGUCUUUCCAGCUCACAGAAGCUAAUACCCAGCACAUACUUUGGAUCAAGAUGCUAAUUGAAAAGCCAUCCUCUUCUCAGCCUCUUCACC